AUAAAUUGUCAAGCCCUUAUAUGCGACACGUAUGUUUAUUAUCAGUACAUUUUACACGAAACAAUAACAUUUAAAAUGGUGAUGGAACCAUGUGGAACCGGCACUGAUUUAACCAUACCAAUUAUUUUUAUAUCUUCUCUGUUUAAGUUAAUGACAUUAAAUGCGUACCAUUCAACUGACUUUGAAGUUCAUAGAAAUUGGCUUGCAAUUACAUCAAAUCUUCAAAUAUCUGAAUGGUACUAUGAGAAAACAUCUGAAUGGACUUUAGAUUACCCACCAUUUUUUGCUUGGUUUGAAUAUGUUCUAUCUUUUUUGGCUGUAUACUUUGAUCCUAAAAUGUUGGUUAUAGAAAAUCUCAAUUAUGUCAGCAAGAAAGCAGUGUUUUUUCAAAGAUUUUCAGUUGUUGUGUGUGAUCUCUUUCUAUUUUAUGCACUUAAAAGAUAUUGUAUAUUAUGCCUGACAAGAAUAGAAUCAGUGAAUAAAACUAAAGAGGAAUCAUUGUUUGUUAUAUUGGGCGUUCUAAUGAAUGCGGGACUUUUUAUGGUUGAUCAUAUUCAUUUUCAAUAUAAUGGCUUCUUGUUUGGUUUUCUAAUACUUUCAAUUUUAGAAAUGAAACAGGGACGGUUUCUUCAUAGUGCGUUUUGGUUUACUAUUUUGCUAAACUUAAAGCAUAUAUAUGUUUAUGUUGCUCCAGUGUAUUUUGUUUACUUACUAAGAAAUUUUUGCUUUAUCCAAAAUAACAGAUUAAAGUCACAAAGUUAUAUUUGUUCACUAAUUGGUGUGUCGCUUAAAGAUUUUUCAAUAAAACAUUUGAUACAGUUGGGUCUUGUUGUAUUAGCUAUAUUUGGAAUAUCAUUUGGACCCUUUAUUUACAUGGGUCAGAUAACUCAAGUACUAUCUCGCCUUUUCCCUGUAAAGCGAGGUUUAUUACAUGCCUACUGGGCAUGUAAUUUUUGGUCGCUUUAUAGUGGUCUUGACAAAAUAGCAUCAAUAAUAGGUUCUUACCUAGGUUUAAAUGUUGGUUCUAGGCCUGCUUCAUUGACUGGUGGUUUAGUAACGCAGCAAAGUUUUUCCAUGCUUCCAGACAUACCUUUAGUUGUAACUUUUAUCUUCACUGUAAUUGCAAUCUUGCCCUGCUUGAUAAAGAUUUGGUUUAGACCAAAUGAAAAGAAUUUAUUUCUUCCAUGUUUAAUACUUUGUGCAUAUGCAUCAUUUAUAUUUGGCUAUCAUGUACAUGAAAAAGCUAUUCUUAUGGUUACAAUACCAAUGACGUUACUUUCAACCAAGUCAGAGGAAUAUGCUCGAAUAUUUACGAUUUUAUCUAUUACUGCAAAUUUUUCUCUUUUCCCCCUUCUUUACAAGGAGGCAGAGACUCCGCUGAAGUUGUCUUUGUUUUUGUUUUAUACAUUUUUAUCAACUUAUUGUCUUUAUUAUUUUUAUGGCCAGAAAAGCACUUUUCCUGGAUUAGGCAUUCCGUUCAUUAAAAGAUACGAAGCAUUUUACUUAUACGGCUAUAUACCUUUAUUUAUUUAUUGUAAUAUUGGACACAAUAUGAUUGAUCGGAAUGGUAAACUUCCCUUUUUACCGCUAAUGCUGACAUCUUUGUAUUGCUCAAUCGGAGUUAUAUGGUCAUGGUUUUUAAUGUAUGUAAAAUUCAUUAUCGAAUCAUAAAAAGAUAUGCAAGCUUGCUUCAUGACAUGAUUUUACAGAAAUCAAUAUAAAUAAACUUCGCAUUAGGAGAGGGGGGUUGGUGAAGUUUUUUUGAAAUACUGUAACUUCUGAAUAUUUUUAUUUGGAAUAAAUUUUGUAAAUAUAAAUAAAAUAUUAAAAACAUGUAGAAUCUUGAUUGUUUGUUAAAUAAUGAACUGACCAUGAUGCUUGUGUUGCGUUA